AUGGCCGAGGCCCCACACGAGCCGAUUGAUAGCCAAUAUAAAGGCACUGGGAACAUCUUCAACCAGAAGUCUACAGCCUCGGCCGGCUCCUCCAAGCAACCCCGAGACGAUGACCGGAAGGCCCCAUUGCCCAAAGGAGUAGUUUUAGACAAGGAUGGAAAGCCCUGCCGCACCUGUACCUCCGUCGCGUCAUGGAAGGCAUUGACAAAACAAGCGGACCUCAAAAACUCAGGUUCCGCCUCAACCCCCAGCACAAGUAACAUGACAACGUCGACAGCAGCACUCGCCGCUGCCGCCGCCACAACACCCCCACCAAACGAAACGCCCUCCGACUGCCCGCCAGAUGUCGAAGAACUUGGCCGCUCAACAUGGACACUGCUCCACUCAAUGGCAGCCACAUACCCCGAAAAAGCAAGCACAGAACACCAAUCCAAUAUGCAAGGGUUCUUGAAAUUCUUCGGGAAGCUCUAUCCGUGCUGGGUGUGUGCGGAUGAUUUCCAGACUUGGAUGGCGCAUCCCAGUGGACGCAAUCAGCCGAAGCUGGGGAGUCGGAAGGAGUUUGGAUGGUGGAUGUGCGAAGCGCAUAAUGAGGUUAAUCGCAAAUUAGGCAAGAAGGAGUUCGACUGUCGGUUUUGGGAGGAGAGGUGGCGGAUUGGGUGGAAGGAUGGCCGGUGUGAUUGA